CAAUCCGUGAAAAGUCGGACGUCUUUAAAAGUCGGACAGUUGACAGUAAAACACAUAAUACAAUAUACAAUAACCGACUUGAAUUGCCCAGUAGCACGCAUUUAGUGACACAUAGCCAUUCACUUUGAAAAAAACAUCUGCACAGUAUGUGCAUCGACACCGUUUACGUAAACACAAAACCAAUGACGUGCCACACACAGGCUUAUGACGAUACGCAUUGUUUUCAGAAAGGCGGGCAAUUUGAGUGCUAAGGCAAUGAAGAAAGUCAUCAUUGAAGGUCUAUAUGCAGUCGGCAUGCAUCACCAUGGGCAAAGGGCUCUCCAGGUUGCCGCCCAAUACCGUGGAAAACCGGAACCGGAAAACUCUUUUGACCGACAUGCCAUUGCCAUCCACGCACACCCUUCAGAUAGAUUGUGUGCCUAUUUGCGUCGCCAAGACGCUCUUUUCAUAUCGGAAAUACACAGACUCAAUUUGAUAGAUGGACAUAUUUUAGUUAAACCGAAAUUUGAGCCUGUAUUCCGUGCCCGUGUGGGUCCAUCUCAGCGAUGCAAUUUGGGAUUUUACGCGAAGGAUGAACAUGUAGCUUCCAUUCAGAUAUGUGCGCGUAAACAUGGCAUGCUUGUGCGCAUUGCAGAUUAACAUGACAAGUGUUAUGUAUUUUAAAAUACAUGUAGAUUUAUUAAACAUACAAAAUUUCAGAUGUCCGUUUUGUCUUUUAUUUUAUUUCCAUUUUUAUUGCAUUAAUUCGAUUUGUUGUAAUCUCGAAAAGUCAUCUUAUUAGGUAAGGAACCGCACAGUGUAAGCACGGUGUGCGAUCUUACUUAAUUGCCAGUAAUGAGGUUGAAGCCUGGGAGUGGUUAAGGUCGUACGCAGUCUUAAGUAGCCAAAUAUUAUUUUUGUAUACACAAAGUUUUAAAAUCAUUAAAAUUAUCAUUUUUACUUAGACAGCAUCAAACGCAGCAAAAUAAGGCAGUACUCAAAUGAAGGAGGUUGCACCCUCCGUGAAAAGCUACGUAAUUGAUAGCUUUAUGUAAAGUGCGCACAUGUUGGUGAACACUAAUUCGCACUAAUAAUUCUUAAUUGAGAUGAUCAAAAACGUGGUUUUAUUCAACAUUAUCAUCGCCAUCACCAUUGCUUUUCAUAUUUGGCUUUCAGCUAUGGCGCGGAAGCGGGGAAAGAUUCUCCAGUAUGAUCACUAUGAUUUAGAGCAAGCUUUGAAUGCUGUUAAAGCUGGAGAGUCUAUACGAAAUGCAGCAUUAAAAUUUAAUGUACCGAAAAGCACUCUCGGCGAUAGAAUUUCUGGUCGUUUCGAUGUGAUUAAACCACGCCACGGAAGACCACCUGCUAUCCCUGUGGAAAUCGAGGAAAAAAUUGUCAAAUCCGUGAAAAUGGCCGCAAAGUUGGGCGUUGGACUCAGUAGAAAGAGUAUCUUAUUAAGGACAAAUGUGCUGUGUCGAAGGAUCAAACUUGAAACUUCAUACACCAAUUUCAAGGCCGGAAAGGAUUGGUGGGAGGGUGUCAAGCGUCGCCACCCCGAGUUAUCAAUAAGAAAACCAGAAAAAUUGUCUGCCGUGAGGGCGAGAAUGCUCAACCCUGUGGUUGUCAACAACUACUUUGAAGAUUUAAAUCAAAUUGUUAAUGGAAUGCAAAUAGGUCCGGCUCAAGUGUGGAACUGCGACGAAACUGGAUUAAAUUUUGAACAUAGUCCGGUGAGAGUAGUUGCCGAACGAGGAGCAGCAGUGGUGAGCAAGACCAGUCAAAAGUCAAGCAACUUGACCAUUAUGGCAUGUGUUAACGCGGCAGGUAAAGCAAUGCCCCCUCUCAUAAUCACAAAGGGGAAAACAGUCAGGUCCCUACAUGGAUUCAAUACCACAGACGCUCCAAGCAAUGCCGUCUGGAGUUUUCAGGAAAAUGGUUGGAUUAAUGAUGAAAUUGGAGAAAAAUGGUUUAACACUGUUUUUCUUAAACACUGCGGACCGCAACGGCCUCAGCUGUUAAUCUUUGAUGGUCAUUCGUCCCAAGUCAACGCCGUAAAUUGCAUGUCUAUUCAUCGUAUGUUUCUGUUCUAAUUUCAUUGUGAUCAAAGAUGGAAAUCAAUGACACAUCAAAUUUUAUCAAUAAAUAACAAAUACUCGAUACGUGUUAAGCAAAUUAAAAUUAGUCCAGUAGUUUACAUAAGAAGCAGCAAUAAAUAGUACAGCACAUGUAAAAUACUGCUACAUUCAAAUAAAUUCAUUUUACUGUAAAUAAAUGAAGUUUGGUUCAAUUAGUGAAUUACUGUUCCACAGUCCGAGAUUUAACUACGCAAAAAUAACUGUCCGAGUUUCAGCUACAGUGUGUCCGAGUUUCGACUACUCUGUCCGAGUCAUAGCGAUUCGCAUCAAGCAACAUUUUCAUACUGUAAAUCGCGGUGUUUUCACAAAACAUCAUCGAUGUCACCAAAAUUCGAAACUACGCUCAUUUGGCUUUAUAAGGGGAGGUAAUCCCCAAAACGACUCGUCGUACGUUCUAUAUAAUGAUACAAUAGCUUUGGGAUAUAGAGUUUUGUCCGACUUUUCACGGAUUG